AUGAAUAUGUAAAAUGAUACAAAAUUUGAGAGUAGUUACAUUAAUCCGUUGGUACUUGAGGGAAGUGGAGAGCUCUUGACAUUGUGGACCCGACAUUCCUAUGUUGAGAAGUGGCUUUGCUACACCAAAUGUUUUAAAUAACAGGUGCCCCGGUAAAUCUGGAGAGAGGAAUACCCCGCUACACACUCCAUCAUUUAUUCACGGAUUAAGAAUGGUUGCUGUGUGAACUCAGUGAUGCAAUGUGAGAGAAAUUAGCGACCUCUAGGCACUGUUUGAUGGAAACAAAUCUGUUAGUGUGCAUUCAUUGUUUUAAUUGAUGAACGAAAUAAGAUUUUUUUUUGUUCGGUGAUUUGAAAGUGAAGUCUGCGAUAUAUGACUGCACUUUUUGUGAGAUAAGGACAGAGGGACAGCCCUGCUUUAUCUGACGGAUGUCUGGCGCUUUUUACCGUGGAAUCUAACCGGAACCUCAGCCUAUUUCUGAUAGCUGUCUUCAGAUUUCAUUGAAAUCUAGUUCUAAGACGAGGGGUUUCGAUAUCAUGUGAUUAAUCGGUGAAAGAUAUAUUCCUCCAAUUUUUUACUCUGAAUUUUUUUCUCACAUAUACCUUAAGUUAAAUUCUGCAGUAAAGGAGUCAAGAUGGAAUUUUGGAGAAGAAAAUUUGGAGGUUUACUUAUUUUUCAUGUGUUUGUGUUGUGUUGCAUGGAGAUACGGCUUGUGGGGGGACAGAGCAACCCUCAACAACGGAGGUACUGGUCUUACCCGUACCAGCGUGACGGGAAUGUGUCCCCCCGGACCAGGGACAAUACACACUUACUGAGGGGACCCAAUACGUGUGGCUCUAUCUCCCGGCGCUAUUGUUGUCAGGGAUGGACGCGGCAGCCGGGCCAGUAUCGAUGCAUCAUACCUAUCUGUCAGUUGGGAUGCAGUGGUGGGACUUGCAUUCGCCCUAAUCUGUGUCUUUGUUCCAAUGGCCAACCGUCCACAUCUUGUCAGGCAGCAGUUACUUGUAAUCCAGAGUGUAAAAAUGGAGGAAGAUGCAUUGGCAAAGACAGGUGUGCUUGCACCUAUGGAUAUUCUGGGCCUCGCUGUGAAAAUGACUAUCGAGUUGGGCCAUGCUUUACCCAGCUCUCGGACAGCAUGUGUCGGGGUCAGCUGACUGGGUUGGUUUGUACCAAGAAUCUGUGUUGUGCGACUGUGGGUAAAGCCUGGGGUAACCCCUGUGAGCAGUGUCCUGUCCGGCCCUUCCCAUGCAGACGCGGAUUCAUCCCAAACCUACAGACAAACUCCUGUCAAGAUGUGAAUGAGUGUAUUGCUAUCCCUGGAGUGUGUGGGGGUGGGACCUGUGUGAACUCGGUGGGCUCGUACAGGUGUGAGUGUAAGAAGGGCCAGAGGCAAAACCCCAUCACACAGGACUGUGAAGAUGUUGAUGAAUGUGCUGAAAAUAGAGACCGCUGCAGAAACGGCCUGUGUACCAACACCCAGGGCGGCUACUUCUGUACCUGUAACGAGGGCUAUGAACUCACCCCCGACAAAUCUACUUGUGUGGGGAUACAGAGGAGGAGGUGCUUUCAGCAGGUUGUAAACAACAGGUGCUCCCAGCCGAUGGUCCCCCUCCUCUCUCUGGCUGAUUGCUGCUGUGAUUCCGGCAAAGGAUGGGGGGAGCUCUCCAACUGCCAGAUCUGUCCUCAGCCGGGAAAUGAAGCACAUUCUGAGCUUUGUAAAAAAGGGGGAGAAUUUAGCAGGAAUAAGUGCCGGCUGUUUCCCAAUCUGUGUGUCAAUGCUCGCUGCGAGCCCACCGAGUACUCCUACAGGUGUGUGUGUCACCCCGGCUAUAAACCAACCUCGGACAAGGACAGGUGCACAGAUAUCGAUGAAUGCUCCGAGCGAAGUGGAGUGUGUAUGAAUGGUCAGUGUUUGAACACGCCUGGUAGCUACAGAUGUAGGUGUAACCGCGGAUACAGGCUCUCAUCGGAUGGACGAUGUAUAGACAUGAAUGAAUGUGCAACAAAAAGGAUGUGUCUUAAUGGUCGCUGUGUGAACAUGGAUGGCGGCUAUAAAUGUGACUGUAACCCCGGGUUCCGCCCGUCCUCUAACCUCCAGGUCUGCUACGAUAUCAAUGAAUGCACAGAGAAUGGUAAACUAUGCACCAAUGGGAAUUGUCAGAACACUGAGGGGUCGUACCACUGUGUCUGUCACCAGGGCUUCCGCCUGUCCCCAGACAGGGCAUACUGCUUAGAUUACAAUGAAUGUGAACGUACUGGUAUGUGUACACAUGGAGUAUGUGUCAAUCUUAAUGGUGGCUACAAGUGUGUAUGCAACACUGGUUUCACAUCUUCGUCCGACGGUAGAACCUGUUUAGAUGUAAAUGAAUGUCUGAGAAAUCCUUGUGCGAAUGGAAUCUGCAUAAACAACCAGGGAAGUUUUCGCUGUGAGUGUCCUACUGGCUUCCAGCUACAAACAGACGGGAGAACUUGUCUGGAUACGAGGCGUGGCAACUGCUUCCUGGAGUACAGACGGGGCCGCUGCUCCAGUCCCCUAGCCAUGCAGAUCUCCAAGUCCAUGUGCUGUUGUAUGGACGAUGACUCUGUCAAGGCCUGGGGACCCCGAUGUGAACUGUGUCCCAGGAAAGGAGAGGCUCUGUACUCACAACUGUGUACAGACACCUUGAACAUAAAUGAAUGCAUGCUGAAUCCCAACAUCUGUGAAAAUGGAGCUUGUGAGAAUUUGCAGGGAACUUACAGAUGUGUUUGUGACAAAGGGUUUACCCCAAAUCCCUCCAGGAAGAAGUGUCUGGAUAUAAAUGAAUGUGAGAGAUAUCCUAAUUACUGCAGUGGUGGCAGCUGUAAGAACACUAUAGGCAGCUUCCACUGUACUUGUCCCGCUGGGUUCAGGCUUAAUCCCAACACAAUAACUUGUCAAGAUAUCAAUGAAUGUCUGGAGAGUAACCCCUGUGUUGGAGGGACAUGUAACAACGUUCCAGGAAGUUUCCGAUGUGACUGUCUGGACCCUGGUACAAAACUAGACUCCACCGGUAGAAUUUGUCUAGACAAUAGAAAGGGAUCAUGUUGGUUAGAAAUUAACAAUGGGCGCUGCGAGAAUAAUGCCCGGACUUUGGUGACCAAGUCCGAAUGCUGUGGGAGCAUUGGAGUGGCCUGGGGUAGUCCCUGUGAGGAGUGCCCUCCUGCUCCUCAGAGACAGUGCCCAGUGGGCUAUGCCAGCAAUGAUGGCAGAAACUGCAUUGAUAUAAAUGAGUGUGAGAUGUUUGAGAAUGUUUGUGAAGGAGGGGGGCUGUGUGUUAACACACAGGGGUCCUUCAGGUGUAACUGUCCCCCCGGCCUGAUACUGGAUGCUUCAGGAAGAAGGUGCAUAGACAAAAGAGAAGGCACUUGUUUCUUGGAGUACUCUAAAGGAUCUUGUGGGCGACCAGUGGAGGGCAGAUAUUCUAGGGCAAAGUGUUGCUGCUCCCUAGGGAAGGCCUGGGGACCAGAUUGUUCUACCUGUCCGCGCAGGGAUUCAGAUGAAUUCAAGAAACUCUGUGAUUCAACAAAACAACCAGACAUUAAUGAAUGUGUAGAGUUCCCUGACAUCUGUAAAGACGGUGUGUGUGGGAACACUGUAGGUAGCUUUACCUGUAGGUGUAACCAGGGAUACACACUGGACGAAACCGGCACCACUUGUUUGGAUAUUAAUGAGUGUCAGAUCUCCUUCGGCAUCUGCAGCAAUGGCAGCUGUAUAAACACCCCGGGGAUGUUCCGCUGCCAGUGUGACAGAGGCUUCAGGCCAGUCAUGAUGGACCAGAUGUGCAUGGAUAUCAAUGAAUGUGAAGAGAUAUCUGACGCUUGUAAAGGAGGACUGUGCCUUAAUCUUCCUGGAACAUUUCUAUGUGAGUGUCCGGAGGGACUCCUUUUGUCUUCGGAUGGACAGUCAUGUCAAGAUAUCGAUGAAUGUGGUGACAGCAGCAGUUUGUGCAGUAAUGGUGUCUGUGAGAACUACCUGGGAGGAUACCAGUGUCGGUGUCUGGACGGGUACGGCCCCAACCCUCAGCACACAUCAUGUCUAGAUGUUGAUGAGUGUGCCAUGGGAAAUGGAGGAUGUGAAGCACUGUGUUUCAACAAACCUGGGUCAUUUUCUUGUGGAUGUGAACCAGGGCACCUUCUGAUGCCUGACCAGCGGUCAUGUCAAGACAUAGAUGAGUGUAAGGACACAAAGGACAUUUGCAGUGGGGGGACGUGUAGCAAUCUGCCAGGAUCCCAUCUCUGUACCUGUGUAGGGGGUCUGGUUCCUUCUGGAGACGGAAAACAAUGUCUGGAUGUCAACGAGUGUCUUCAGAAUGCCAACAUUUGUCUCCAAGGAGCCUGUCACAACACCCAUGGCUCUUACGAAUGUAUCUGUGAGCCAGGGUUUUCUGUGAAACCUGAGUCCCGCAAUCCGGCCUGCACUGAUGAUGAUGAGUGUGCUACAGGAGAAGCCAACUGUGAUGUGAAUGCCAAGUGUAUCAACACCAUGGGCUCCUACAAGUGUGACUGUGUGCCCGGCUACUCAGGGGAUGGCUACACCUGUAGAGACAGCAAUGAAUGCACCCGUGACAAUGGAGGCUGUUCUAUACACGCUGACUGUAUCAACCUACCGGGGAGCUACAAGUGUGUCUGUGAGGAGGGAUUCAAAGGCGAUGGCUACAGCUGUGGUGAUGUGGAUGAGUGCUCCAUUAACCCUGACGUUUGUCAUUAUGGAAGCUGUAUUAACCUGGCCGGGAGUUAUAGAUGUGAAUGUGACAUGGGAUUCUCCCCUACCCUGGAUGGAAAGGACUGCAGAGAUAUUGAUGAAUGUAGCUACUUCAGUAACCUUUGUAUCAAUGGGGAGUGUGAAAAUACCCUAGGAAUGUUCCGAUGUCGCUGUAACCAAGGCUUUAAGCAGGACGCUACAGGAGGAAACUGUACAGAUAUCAAUGAGUGUGAGAACUCCGACAACUGCCUGUACGGUACCUGUGUCAAUGUUCCUGGCAGCUACAUCUGUCAGUGUCCCCUUAACAAAGUCCUCAACCCCACAGGGACAGCCUGUAUCGACAAGAGGCGUGGUAACUGUUAUUUGGAAGUCGAUAGUCGGGGAAUUUGCAGCAAUGUGAUUGGUUCCGAUGUUUACAAGGCCAGUUGCUGUUGUUCUUUUGGCCAGGGCUGGGGCGAGGUGCCAGGGCGGUGUGAAACUUGUCCUCUCAAUGGAACAGUUGGCUACCAACUCCUGUGCCCUGGGGAUCCAGGCCUGCGACCAGACGAGGGGACAGGGAUUCCUAUUGACAUAGAUGAGUGUCAGGAGAUUGACGGACUUUGUGAGGGCGGGGAGUGCCAGAACACGUUUGGCAGCUUCUCCUGUGUGUGUCCCAAAGGCCAUCGAUUGGUGAACUACAGAUGUGUAGACAUUGAUGAAUGCAGUGAGAAUGGACCGCUGUGUGGGGAUGGCUCCUGUGUUAACACCCGGGGCAGCUAUAGGUGUGUCUGUCCCGACGGCUAUGUCCUGAUGGAAGGGGAGACCAAAUGCAUGGAUAUGAGGAAAGGCAACUGUUAUUCUACCUACUAUACAACCACUGGGUCCCGCCCACCACAGUACAUCUGUGAGAACCCCCUGUCUCGUAACCUGACCCGCAAACAGUGCUGCUGUACGGUGAUCGGGAAGGCCUGGAACUCCCCCUGUCAGCCCUGUCCAGAGUCCGACACAGAGGAAUAUAAUUCUCUUUGUGAAGCAGUAUCAAUUGUAAAAGAUAUUGAUGAGUGUGCUCUGUUUGGAGAUGCUAUUUGUAAAAAUGGCCGCUGCAUUAACACAAACGAGAGUUUCCGAUGUGAAUGUAACCCAGGCUACAAGUAUGAUGUGGACAGUCAUAGUUGUCAUGAUGAAGAUGAGUGUAGGCGAAGCCUGCCCCCCUGUGUCCCCAUAGCGCAGUGUGUGAACACCCAAGGAAGCUACAGGUGUGAGUGUCCAGCAGGCUACAGGCUGCAUCAGAACGGACAUAACUGUCUAGAUAUUGAUGAAUGCACAAUGUUUCCUGGAAUCUGUGCCAAUGGGUUCUGCACCAAUUUAGAGGGCAGGUUUCGCUGCUUAUGUAAUCCAGGCUACAGACUGAAUCGUAACAAAGACGCGUGUAUCGACAUUGAUGAGUGUAGUUCCCAGCCUGGUCUGUGUAACAAUGGAACUUGUGAGAACACUGAUGGACGUUACAGGUGUCACUGCCACCCAGGCUUCAGGCUGACCACCAAUCAGGACUGUGAAGACAUCAAUGAAUGUCUGACGGAGGUGGGUCUCUGUCAGAAUGGCCGCUGUAUCAACACGGACGGGAACUUCACAUGUCAGUGUCAGAGUGGCUACAUGAUCUCCAAGGACGGACGCUCGUGUCAAGAUGUUGAUGAAUGUACCCUUUUCAGGGACAUCUGUGGUAAUGGUGUGUGCAGGAAUAGGGAGGGAUCCUACGAGUGUAUCUGUCAGGAGGGCUAUGAACUGACCAGAGCCAGGGACACCUGUAUGGAUAUCAACGAGUGUACCUCGGUGAGGGGGAUCUGUGCUGGGGGUUUGUGCAGGAAUCUGGAGGGAGGCUACAGAUGUGAAUGUCCCCCUGGGCUGUUACUGACCUCUGAUGGACAGAAAUGUAUAGAUGUGCGGAUGGGGAACUGUUUCAACAGGUUUAGAAGUGGUCGGUGUGUAUCUCCACGUCCCAUCAACAUGACCAAGGCUGACUGCUGCUGUACACAGGGCCAGGCCUGGGGCAGUCAGCAGCAGUGUGCCGUCUGUCCCACCCAGCAGGAGGCUGAAUUCAAGACUCUGUGUCCUGAUGGCUACGGAAGAGUGGUAGAUCCCUCAGGAGGAAUUGUGGAUGUGAAUGAGUGUGCUGUAAAUCCAAACCUGUGUGUAAAUGGAAUAUGUAUAAACAUGGACGGAUCGUACCGCUGUGAGUGUCUGAGGGGAUACACACUGGGGGCCGACCAGAGAACCUGUGAAGAUAGAAAUGAGUGUGUUGAUAGUGCAGGCAUCUGUGGUAAUGGAACCUGUCGCAAUAGGAUCGGAGGAUUCGAGUGUCUGUGUAGUCCAGGGUUUGAACCAGGGGCAGACAACACAUGCCAAGAUAUUGAUGAGUGCAGUGGGCCACAGAACAAUUGUGCUUUCCGGUGUGUGAACCUUCCUGGAACUUUCCAGUGUGUGUGUCCAAAGGGCUUCACUCUGGCUCCUGAUAACUCUCACUGCCAGGAUGUUGAUGAAUGCCAGACACGGGUCAACAACUGUCGAUAUGCUUGCAAGAACUUGGUGGGGACUUUUAUGUGUGUCUGCCCCGAGGGCUUUACUGGCACCGGGGACAACUGCAGAGAUGUUGAUGAAUGCAGAGACCCUAGAGUUUGUCAGCCUGGCCGGUGUGUCAAUCUCCAGGGAAGUUACCAGUGUACCUGCCCCCCGGGAUACACCCAGAGUCCUGACAGAAAAUCCUGUCUUGAUCAGAGAGAGGGGAACUGUUUCCUCGAGUUGAUAGGUGGAAGAUGUGUGCCCACCUACUUCUACAGAAUGACCAAUCAGGAGUGUUGUUGCUCGGGGGCAGCGGCAUGGGGCCCUGCCUGCAGCAGAUGCCCCGCCCAGGGGUCUAGAGAUUUUAAGGCCAUGUGUCCUGAAGAUAUUGGAAAGACACCAGAUGGAAAAGACAUAAACGAGUGCCUAAAGUUUCCAGGAAUAUGUGGAAAUGGUUAUUGUAUCAACACUCAUGGAUCUUACAGAUGUCGUUGUAACCGUGGUUACAAAACUGAUAUCACUAACACAAAAUGUAUAGAUGUGGAUGAGUGCAAAGAGGGUACCUCUUCCUGUGAGUUUGGUUGUGUCAACACAGUGGGCAGCUAUACCUGUUCCUGUUCGCCGGGGUAUGUCUUGAACAGGGACGGGAAGACCUGCAGGGACUUGGAUGAGUGCGCUACCAUGAAGCACAGGUGUCAACAGAUUUGUACAAACACAGAAGGCAGCUACCACUGCAGUUGUAAGAUAGGCUACCGGAUGGAGGCCAACCAGUGUAGAGAUAUUGACGAGUGUCGGGAGGAUCCCUCUCUCUGUACUCCAGGGGGAACAUGUCACAACACAGCGGAUGGAUACAGAUGUGUCUGUAAACGAGGCUUCAAACUGGACUCUACGGGCAGGAAGUGUGUCGACAUCAAUGAGUGCGAGGCUGGCCGCUGUGAUGAUAGAUGUGAGAAUAUUCCUGGUUCAUACAAGUGCACCUGUCCCCCAGGCUUCAAACCGGUAUAUGGCCAGUGUAUAGAUGAUAACGAGUGCCUGACGGAGGACGUCUGUGGCCUAGCUAUGUGUUACAAUGUGCCUGGCUCCUACAACUGUCAGUGUGCACCAGGCACAAACUUUGAUCCAAGACUUAUGAGCUGUUUGGGGGCCAAUGUGUGCGUGAAUGCUCCAUGUCUGUUUGGCUGCUCCGCGUCGGGCCCCUCAUUUGUGUGUGGCUGUCCCCCGGGCUAUCAGAAUCUAGGAGUUGGACAUUGUGUAGCGGUCUCCCCAGAUAGUGGGGUGGGAGGUUCCUUUCCCACAGGAGGUGACAUUCCUCACGUCCCAGGUCCAGACUCUGGAAAACCGCCCCAGGGCGAGGGCUGCUUUGAGUGUGAUAUAAAAAACCAAGACAUUCCAUUGUCAAAGAGAGCCAAGAGAGAAGUUCAUUAUCAGGCUUCUGCUGUGGAUACUAAAUGGCAGAAACAUCAUUCUCAGAGAGAACUACAGUCUGCUGUUGUGACAGAAGUUCUUAAACUUUAUGUGAAAAGGAAAGAUAUAUAUAAGAGGAAAAUGUUGAUAGCAGUUCUUCCCUCAUUGAUAGCCUUGAAAAAUAAUGUCAAAUACCACAUACUGCGAGGAAAUGAGAAGAAGAUAUUUGUUAUUCAUAAAAAACAUGGCAUUAGUUCCUUACAAUUUCGAAGAAAAAUUCGAAAAGCUAGAGUGUUAAAACUAACAGUUGAAGCCAAACCAAUUCACAAAGAAGAAAAGGUGGCAGGAUCAAGGGUCAUACUUAGGAGAACUCUUUUACAUGUUGAGGUGCAUGUGUUGUAGACCUGAGAAGUCGAUUUUAGAAUUGUUCUAUUGCUUUAUUUGAGAGUAUUACAUCUCACGUAUUGGUAAUUAUUACCUUAGGAAGAAAUGUGUGUUGAUAGGUAAUGUGUAUAUAUUUUAUAUACAUGAACGUGUAUAACAAUGUAAACUAUACAAGUACCAUCUGUGACUAGGAUCUAAAACAUCCAGUCUGUAAAGUGAACAUCUUUUUAUGCAUAGGAAGUUGUAACUUGAAACCCGUGUGUGAAAGUAAGAUUCAGCUAUAUUUUAUGGAACACUGCAGUUCAGUUAACUGAAUUUUCACUGAAAUGUCUAGAAAGGUGGCUGAAUUAUAGGGCUGUAUCAUUUAUAAGUACUCCUUUUGGUAGCAUUUUUGUUGACUAUGUCACCUGAACUAUUGCACCUCGACGAAGCUCUUCUGUUCACAGUCUGUUUUGUUAUCAUCUUAAACUUCCGACAUUUUCAGCUCUAGAACUACUUGGUCAAUUAAUUUCAAUGUAACUGGGCACAAAUUAAAGUGUUUGUAGGUUAAAGACACAAAAAUAUUGAUAUGAAAGGCCAUAUUCCUCUGAAAAGGGGGAGAUUAUUAAGGUAGUCCAUACAUAACUAUGAUUUUUCAAAUCUAAUAAAUUGCAAGUUUGAUCAUAAAAAUUUUAGCGUGAUUUUAAGGGGUUUAUUAAAUGAUAAAGUUUCACCUUUGAAAUUUUAAAAAAAAUUGAAUAUUAACAAAUUUACUAUAUGUUGAAGUUAACAUUGGAGUCUAUGGGGAAAAUGCAUUUUUAAUUGUAAUUUUUUAGUGCAGGUAAUUUUCUCACAUUUCUCUUGGUAAAAAGUUGCAGAAGCUUUCUCUUUCAUCGAAUAUGCUUAAUUAAAUCAUUAUUUACCAUACAUAUUUUCAGAAAAUGAUUUUUAAAGAUUUUCCUAAAGGGCAGACAACUCUUUUAAAAAAAUUUUAAGUGCAAAAAUUUUAUUCAAUAGAGUUCAUACAUACUCACGAGUUUGGUUUAUAUCAGCCUCAUAAACUUUGAAAUAAGUAUUUGAUGUAGUAUAGAUCAAUGCUAAAUUUGCCUUAGUUAUGGAUGGACUACCGUUAGUUCAAAUCAUGACAAAUAUAAUAUGCAAAGAUAUUUUAGGGAAGCAUUUUCAAUUCUGUGAUUAAAUUUUUAGUAUUGAUGUGUAUAUUUUAGCUUCUAAAUGUUACCCAAUCAAUAUGUGGCCACUGAGCAAUGCAUAGGAUAUGCAAGGGGUUAGAACUAUAUCUUGAACCUUAUUAUGAAAAUAACACCCAAUAAAAGGAGAUGUAUUCCACCAAUAAGCAGUACAUGUAAAAUGCUUUUGGUAUAAAUUCCAGAUGGUGCAAUGAGGAAUAUUGAAAAGAUGGAACAGGAGAAGUGAAUAAGACUAAAGUGCUUCUUAUAGCUGUUUUUUUUUAAAUGACCACAGGGUGAGUUUUUGUCUGCCCUGCAUGGAGAUGGGGUAUGGGAGGUUGUUAUAAAUAAAACAUGUAUACUAGCCACCUUGUUUUAGUUUAUCUACAUACAGAAAUACCUAUCUUGAAAGUUGCAAAUAUGGGAAAAAUAUUUUCUAUGAGUCUUGUGCCACCUUUUCAGUAUUAGGUCAUGCACUCUUAUAAUCUUAAAGUUUUUUAUUAAAAUUACAGGUUUCAUAGUCCUGUUUGAAAGAUUUUAGACAGGGGGGUGGUCAUCAUUACAGUAUUAUAAUUUUUCUACUCCAGAAUAAAACUUAUUAUGUUAUGUAUGUUACUCAAAAAUACAAUAUAAAAUAUGAUGUCCAUGAAGCCCUCUACCAAAUUUAUGAACUUAUAAAAUAUUGUGUAAAUGUAUUAAAUCUUGCAAAAAAGUCUUUCUUACAACUUCCACAUCAGGGGGAGAUAUACUGAAUCCAUGAAGCCGUAAAUGCAGGACUGUUUGCCUCGACAGACUGUUCAUGCUGAAACGUUUCGCCCGAGACGUUUUGCGAAAUUUAAUUAUGUAGUAACUAACACUUGUUCCCAGUCAUCAUUAAAUCAGUGUCUUUAGUAUCCAUCGAACCGAUAUAACCAAUUUAUUAGGGAUUUACAAAAGAUCUUAAAAACUUGAAAAGACCUGAUUGAGAUAACACACCUGGUGAUAUUUUACCUCUGUGGUAGAAAUAAUUACAAUUUCUACCAUAAUCUGAUAUUUUGAUAUCAUUUAAGUGUUAUCAUACUGAAAAAAUUGUACAUGCCCCCCUGAGGGCCCUUGAAUGGUCUUUAAGGGCCAAUAUGUCAAUAGGAGCAAAAUGUCAUGUUAUCCGAAAACCUCUAUUAAAUUAUGAAAUUAAUGACCCCUAGUUAUUGUCCAGGUCCUUGAAAAUGUAUUAAGUUUUAUAUUUUCUUCCAUUCUGUCAGUUAUUGAAGAGGGGUUUGGGUGACAAAUACAUGUAUGACCAUCAUAUGAACAUGUAUUAUUUUUAGAUCAUUGGAGUGACUUGGGCAACUUCUGUUGGUAAAACAUCAAAUAAUAAACGCAGGGAUAAAAGUCAGGGACUAAGGUUUAGAAUUCAAAAUAAAGCUUAAAAUGAGACUUCCUGACUAUAAUACUCAGGUGACCGUCAAGGCCUGUGGGCCUCUUGUUCUUGACAAACUACGCAGUUAUACAAAAGUAAUGUCAGAAUACUCCUGAAUUGUAACGGCUGGAUCUUGUCUACCAUGUUUUUUUUUUGUUUUUUUUUUACAAAUAUUACAUAAAUGUCAAUUUUAUUCACAUGUAUCACCAAACUCUGUGAGAUAUUAAAACUUUUGUAGAUGUUGCAGUCUUUUCCAGUAAUUUUUGUUAAACAGAAUUGAAUAUGUACUUUAAAUAUGCUUCACUUGAAGAAUAAUUACUUUAAAUCAGCAUUUAUUGAUAUUGAAAACUUAUAUUUAAGGAAACAAUUCUUGCAUGUAGGCUUUAUAAUUUUUUCAUUUCUUGGAUAUUUAAUUCAGUUUGAAAUAACUAAUUUUUUAUAGAAAAAAAUCUUCAUAGAAAUGUUUUGUUUUUUGCUAGAUCUAUACAUGUACAUUGUAUGUAGUUCUAAGAUCAUUUAGAUUUUUUUAAAAUGCAGUCUAUUUGUGUCGUCCUUUACUUGCACUUUGAAUAUAUGUGAAGUUUGUGGAUCAGAUGCCAAAAAUCAAUUCAUACAGUGUGUUCAUUACAUAUUGAACUUGUAACCAUUUAAUAGAAUUAAUGAUAUUGUAGGCACAGAGAAUGUACUAUUGCUGUGCAGGUCGACACCUGUGCUGCUGUGUAUUGAUUUCAUUACAGUGUGUCGUAUAUUAAACAUAUAUCAGGUGUUACAAAUUAAACAGAUAAAAACGAUGU